AUGUCUGUAGACAUCAACUGGGACACGCUCACGGGCGGUUCAGAUGGCGAAGCACUGGCUGAGACGAUCAAAGACUUCAUACACGAACGCUUCCAGCAGAUCUCAUUCCCCAAGCUCAUCCGCUCAGUCAAGGUCCAUUCUUUUGACUUUGGCACGGUAGCACCAGCUGUGGUCCUCAAGGACAUCUGCGAGCCCUUGCCGGACUUCUACGAAACUGAAGACGAUGAUGGGAGCUCACACUCAGUGCCCGCACACGAACAAGGGUCAAGAAGCGCCAAACAGAAGAUUGACCCAGCGAGAUCUGGUCAAGACAACGCGACUGAAAGGGCAGCAAGUCCGACCUUGACGCGAGGAGCUCUCCUCGGAGGAGGUAGAGGACUGGGUUAUUUCCACCCUGCGUUUGCUUCGGGCUUCUCGGGCACCAACACACCCCUUGCUGCUGUUGCUGGAGCUCACUACCACCAUGGCCCACCGACUCAAGGUAACUUUCACCAUCACCACGCCGAAUCAUUCGACUCACCUUCACCACUGCCAACCGCCACUCCACCUUCACGGCCCGUGUCAGGCGAACAGUCGUACUUUGACUCACGGCAUGCAUCAGGUCUCCACAACGGACAAGGAAAGGAUGACCACACACAGCAACAAACUCACGAGCCCAGCCCGGACGAUCUACAAGUCGUGUUUCACGCAACGUACUCCGGCGACGUCAAGCUCUCGAUGACAGCGGAGGUAGUGCUAGACUAUCCAAUGCCGAGCUUUGUAGGCAUACCCUUGAAGCUCAAGAUCACAGGCAUGAAGUUCGAUGGAGUGGGUAUCCUCGCAUACAUCAAAAAGCGGGCCCAUCUGUGCUUCCUCAGCCCUGAAGACGCUGAAGCUUUGGUGGGGAGCGAGGACGCUUAUGUUGCACCAGACGAAGAUGGGCGCUCCCCUGGUCCUGGGCAGGCGCAGAAAGUCGGUGGACUGCUGGAGGAGAUCCACAUCGAGAGCGAGAUGGGUGAGACGGAGGAAGGAAAGCAAGUGUUGAAGAAUGUUGGCAAGAUUGAGAAGUUCAUUCUUGAGCAAGUGCAGCGCAUUUUCGAGGAGGAAUUUGUGUAUCCGAGCUUUUGGACUUUCUUGGUCUGA